CGCUCGCUGCCCGCUCCCGCCGCCCGCCGCCCGCCACCCCGGCCAGCCGCGCGCGCUCCAUGGCUGCUCAGGAGUGGGACUGGUUCCAGCGCGAGGAGCUCAUCGGCCAGAUCAGCGACAUCCGUGUGCAGAACCUGCAAGUUGAGAGGGAAAAUGUGCAGAAGAGGACUUUUACACGAUGGAUAAACCUGCACCUUGAAAAGUGUGACCCACCUCUAGAAGUUACGGACCUGUUCGUUGAUAUCCAAGAUGGCAAAAUCCUGAUGGCUUUGCUGGAAGUCCUCUCCGGGCGAAAUCUGCUGCAUGAAUACAAAUCCUCAUCACAUCGUAUUUUUCGGUUGAACAACAUAGCAAAAGCACUUAAGUUUCUGGAAGAUAGCAAUGUCAAGCUGGUUAGCAUCGAUGCAGCAGAAAUAGCGGAUGGCAACCCCUCACUGGUUCUCGGGCUGAUAUGGAACAUCAUUCUCUUCUUCCAGAUAAAGGAGCUCACGGGCAACCUCAGCAGGAGUUCCCCAUCUUCCAGCUUGUCACCUGGCUCGGGGGGCACAGACUCCGACUCCUCCUACCCACCCACCCCCACCACAGAGAGGAGUGUGGCGGUAUCAGUGAAAGACCAGAGGAAGGCCAUCAAGACCCUGCUGGCGUGGGUGCAGAGAAAAACGAGGAAGUAUGGCGUGGCAGUCCAGGACUUUGCGGGCAGCUGGAGGAGUGGGCUGGCUUUCUUGGCUGUCAUCAAGGCCAUUGACCCCAGCCUAGUGGACAUGAAGCAGGCUCUGGAAGAUUCCACCCGGGAGAAUCUAGAGAAGGCCUUCAGGAUUGCACACGAUAUCCUGCACAUCCCCAGGCUCCUGGAGCCGGAAGACAUCAUGGUGGACAUGCCGGAUGAACAGUCCAUUGUGACUUAUGUGGCCCAGUUUCUAGAACGCUUUCCGGAGUUGGAACCUGAAGAUUUUGUGAAUCCAGACAAAGAAGCCCCCAUUGAGUCCACCUUUGUCCGAAUCAAAGAAAGCCCUUCUGAGCAGGAAAGCCGAGUCCUCCUCCUCAGUGAGAACGGAGAGCGGGCCUACACUAUCAACCAUGAAAGCAGCCACCCACCCCCUGCCAAAGUCUUCGUCUGUGACCAGCCCGAGAGCACAAAGGGUCUCUGUCUGGGUGGUGUGCCCAGCCGCAAUCUGUCAGACAGUGCCACUGAGUUCAUGCACCAGAUCAUUGACCAAGUCCUUCAGGAGAGCCCAGGGAAGACCAAUGAGCCAGCUCCAGAGUCUUCCAUCUUAUCAACCAGAAAGGAUAGCCGGAGGUCCAACUCUUUGCCAAUCAAGAAAUCCGUCCACUUUGAGGCUGAUUUGCACAAGGAUGCCUCGUGUAGCAAAGACCCUUUCUACAGCUCAGACUUCCGCUUUGAGGGGAGCCCAAGGGCGGCAAAGGAGGUGUCGAAGCCUGAUAGUUAUGUCUCAGUGGUUGAGGUUGCCAAGGAAAAGAAGACAGAACAGGAAGCCAGGCCAGUGCAGGAAGCUGCCUCAGACAAGGGCCCUAGAGACAUUGUUGGUGUGGAUGGCAUGCCCCAUCACAGUCAGCCUCCCCAGGACCCCACAUUCUGUAACGGCACUGUAGAGAGUCCAGCUAGCCAAGGUGAGAAAGGCCCUUCUUCUCCAUCCCCUGGAGAUCAUACUAUCCUGGCCAACUCCACUGAGCUCAAGGUUCAGCUGCUGACUGUCGAGCCUAUGGAUAAAGAUGACUAUUUUGAAGGCAUCCCCCUGAAGGCUUCCAAGUUUAACAGGGACCUCGCAGAUUUUGCUUCCACUAGCCAGGCUUUUGAUGAGGAGCCAUCACCCCAUGAGAAGACACUUGAGGAGGAGGAGGGUUUUGAGAAUUAUCCUGAGAAACUGGGGAAAAGGAAGUCAAAGUCUCCCCAUGCAGAGACAGAGUCCCCUGAAUCCCAAGCCAAGCCCGACAAACAUGAGUCUCCUCCCAAGGGCCCCGAACAAGAAGAUCAAGACCAUCCUUUGCCCCCAGAAGAAACACCAGCAGAUAAGAAACCCGAAGUGUUUGAAAAGGCCAAGAGAAAGUCCACCCGGCAUCGCAGCGAGGAAGAAGGAGAAGCGGAAGACCUCUCAGGGGUCGGUGGAGAAAUGCAAUCCAACCCUCCAAGUACCAGCGUCAGCCUGGAAACCCUCAGGAGUCACAGUGAAGAAGGGUUGGAUUUCAAGCCUUCUCCACCACUCUCGAAGAUCUCCGUCAUCCCGCACGACCUGUUCUAUUACCCGCACUACGAGGUGCCCCUAGCCGCAGUGCUGGAGGCUUACUCGGAAGGUGGGGAGGAUUUGAAAAGUGAAGAUGCCGAUCUAGGGGAGCUAGAAGAGGGCUAUCUGCAGGACUCCAGGGAGGAGGAGGAGGCCCACAGCUCCCAAAGCAGCUGCAGUUUCUCCUUGCCUGUUGACAACGGCCACCCCAGCGUUAGUGACCAGGUGUCCCAUGUUGAUGAGAGUUCUGAGGGGCCCAUGUCAGCCUCAGGAUCUGGUUCAACACCCUCCCCCGAGGACCACCAACAGAGGGAAACCAAAGAGAAUGGCCCUGUGGAGAGCCAGCAGCCCCAAGAACCCCCAAACCCGGAACUCCCCGCAAAACCCAUAGAAGAAAAGUUAACGGAAGCCUCAACUAGCAGUAAAAAGAAAGAGAAAAGGAAACAUGUGGACCAAGUAGAAAGCUCAUUAUUUAUAGCCCCCGGGACUGUCCGCUCCUCCGAUGACCUUGAAGAAAACCCCUGUGAACACAAGAUCCCUUCCAGGAAUAGCCACAGUGACUCCAGCAUUUACAUUCGGCGACAUGCUAAUAGGUCUUUGGAAUUGGACCAUUUUAGCUAUGUUCAAUUGAGGAACCCAGCCGAUCUGGAUGAGAGGAGAAACAGAGUGCUAAACAGGUACAAUUCUCAGAAGCUCACUGAGCUGAUUUUACAGUUUUACGGCAUCAGAGCAGACAUGAAGCGGGAAAGCAAACAUGCCAGGCUGUCUAUGACUGGCACCAACUCCUCUGGAGAAGCUGUGCCACUGGGAAGCCAGAGCCCACCCAACGACUCUCUGACACAGUUUGUACAGCAGCCCGAUGUGAUAUAUUUCAUUCUUUUCCUCUGGCUCCUGGUCUACUGCUUGCUGCUCUUCCCCCAGCUUGAUGUCAGCCGGCUCUGAAACGUGUCUGGAGAAUAAAAGACAGGACCCUGA